AACUCUAAGCACACAUACAUAACAUGGCUUCUCUAAACCCUCUUCCAACCCUUUCCCAUUCCACUUUCUCUUCUUCUUUCUUUCCCUUAUUCAAAAGCCCCCAUCUCAAUAACAAUAAGGCCCCAAAAGUAGGAAAACCAAGCCAAUACCAUGCUUCUAGAAUAUUCUACUCAUCAUCAUGCAAAGCCAAACAUAAUAAUGGUGACAACAACAACAAUAAUAAUUAUAAUAAUAAUAAUAAGGUUGAUAGAAGAAACAUCCUGGUUGGCUUAGGAGGGCUUUAUGGGGUAGCAAAAACCCUAACCAACGAGCCAUUGGUGUCUCUAGCUGCACCAAUUUCACCUCCAAACCUAACCCAAUGUGGUCCACCGGACCUACCCUCAGGUGCCAAACCAGUGAAUUGCUGCCCUCCAGUUUCCUCAAAAAUCAUUGACUUCACUUUCCCAUUAAACCAAAAAGUCAAAGUGAGACCCGCUGCACACUUGGCUGAUGCCACCUACAUCCGAAAUUACAAAGAAGCCCUUCGGAGAAUGAAAGCCCUUGACCCAACCGAUCCAAGAAGCUUCACUCAACAAUCCAAUAUUCACUGUGCUUAUUGCGAUGGUGCGUAUCACCAAGUAGGCUUCCCUGAUCUUGAUCUCCAAAUCCACAAUUCAUGGCUCUUCUUUCCCUUCCAUCGAUGGUACCUUUACUUCUACGAACGAAUCCUAGCCAGCCUCAUCAAAGACUUAGAUCCCAACUUCGCCAUUCCCUUUUGGAACUGGGAUUCCCCUAAGGGAAUGCCAAUACCUUCCAUGUUCGUUGACCCUAAGUCAACGCUCUAUGACUCCCUUCGAAACAAGAAUCACCAACCUCCAAAGCUCGUUGACCUUGAUUUCAAUGGCACUGAAGAUAACCUUCCCGAUCAACAGACUAUAGAUGCCAACCUCAAGACUAUGUACAGGCAAAUGGUUUCGAAUUCCAAGACUGCCACUCUGUUCUUCGGAAGCGCUUACCGCGCCGGGGACGAGAGCGACCCCGGAGCCGGAGUUGUGGAGAAUAUUCCCCAUGGUCCUGUCCAUAUCUGGACCGGUGAUAACACGCAGCCUAAUGGCGAAGACAUGGGGAACUUCUAUUCAGCUGCGAGAGACCCUAUCUUCUUCUCUCACCAUUCUAACGUGGACAGAAUGUGGUCGAUAUGGAAAACGCUUGGCGGAAAGAGGAACGAGUUCAAUGAUGUGGAUUGGUUAGAGAGCGGGUUUCUGUUCUACGAUGAGAACAAGAAUCUUGUUCGCGUGAAGGUGAAGGAUUGUAUUGACACCAAGAAGCUUGGAUAUGUUUACCAAGAAGUUGAGAUUCCAUGGUUGAACACUAAGCCUACACCGCGUAGAGUUAGGGUUAAGAACGCCAUUAAAAAGGGGCUUCAUCUUGGGGGUGUAGCACAUGCUGCGGAAGAAGGAGCGAAGUUUCCUUUGGUUUUGGAUUCGAGCGUGAGGGUUUUGGUGAAGAGGCCGAAGAAGGGGAGGAGUAAGAGGGAGAAGGAGGAAGAGGAGGAGGUGUUGGUGGUGGAAGGGAUUUCGUUUGAGAGGGAUAUGGCGGUGAAGUUUGAUGUGUAUGUGAAUGAUGAAGAUGAUGAGGUGGAGAGUGGGCCCACGAAGACGGAGUUUGCGGGGAGUUUUGUGAGUGUGCCACAUAAGCAUAAGCAUAAGAAGGGGAAGAUGAAGACGCAGUGGAGGGUUGGGAUAACGGAGUUGUUGGAGGAGCUUGAUGCUGAAGAUGAUGAGCAUGUUGCGGUUACUUUGGUUCCCAAGAUUGGGAAAGGGCAAGUCACCAUUGGAGGUAUCAACAUUCAGCUCCUCAACUGAUUCAUCACUUGUUACUAAUGGAUAUACACUACUCAAUAAUCAA